UACAUCGUACGUCGUCAUACUUAAAAUUCAAGCUAGUUUUAAGCAGAACAAAUCAAGAUGAUGAGUGAAUUUUCUAUAAAAGUUACACGACAAACUUGUCACUUUAAGUGCAACGACAUUACAGAGAAGUUUAAUUUUAUCCCUCAUAUAUUAUGUCACCUACAGAGCAUAGUUUUUGUGACCCAAUAUCUUUUGAUACUCGACCAAAGGGUAUUGGAAGACGCCAUGUCCUCGCAAUUUUGGGGUUCGUCGCGUUUGCACUCUCAUACUCGAUGCGAUUCAAUCUCUCCAUUGCGAUCGUGGCGAUGGUCAAGAGUUCCAACACGAUCAAACCUACGCAACCCGUUGAUGACAUUAUGUUCGAAAAGGAUAUCUGUACAAGAAAUUUGGUUUUGCACAACCACCAAAUCCCUCAAACCAAUAAUCUCACUAAGGCGGAUGACGAAAUGUACUUGGUCAUUCCGAUAAGUUCCGAUAAUGAUACGGGCAGGAACAAAUAUUCAUUUGGGGACGAUGCUCAAAAACCCCAAAAUUUCGGACCUGCAGGAAACAAUGGAAAUGUGACAAGUGUCAACGAAGACGACGGAGAAUUCGAUUGGUCCGAGGCGGAACAAGGUUUUAUAUUGGGAUCAUUCUUCUGGGGUUAUCUUAUUACUCAAAUUCCAGGGGGAUGGAUGGGGCACAAAUUCGGGGGCAAAUGGCCAGUUGGUAUUGGGCUGUUUGUGACAGCUUUGCUCGCUAUAAUAACUCCAGCAACGGCAAGGUGGGGAGGAUUUCAAGCUAUCGUAAUGGUCAGGAUUUUACAAGGGCUUGCUGGGGGAAUCACAGUACCUUGCAUGCAUACGCUUUUAGCCCGAUGGAUCCCUCCCAAUGAACGGGGACAACUUACAGCCUUAGUUUAUGCAGGAAUGUCAUUUGGGACCGCAUUGUCCUUGAUAAGCAGCGGUUAUAUCAUCCACUACCUGGGAUGGCCCUUCGUCUUUUACAUUACAGGUGGAGCUACCAUUUUGUGGUUUCUUCUCUGGUCAUUUCUGGUCUAUAAUAGUCCCUCGGAGCAUCCUCACAUAAAUUCGACAGAGUUAAAAUUCAUUCAGAAUGCAAUUCAAGGCUACUCCGAUGGGGAGGUUUCCAAACCAAGACGUCCUCCUUGGGGCAAGAUUAUCCGCUCGUCCCCCUUUUGGGCUAUCGUCUUUGGCCAACUCACCGAAACAUGGGGCCUUUACACUAUCAUGUCUGAAUUACCAACCUAUAUGAAAACUGUGUUACAUUAUGACAUAAAAGAGAAUUCCCUUCUAUCUGCCCUUCCACAUUUCCUCACGUGGUGCGUUGGAUUAACAGUACCAAGAGUUGGAGAUUUUCUCAUCAAACGACGCUAUGCCAGAGUCGGUACUGUCCGAAAAUUGUGUAACACGAUUGGAAUGUGGGGAUCUGCUGCCGCUCUGCUUGGCGUGGCUUACGCCGGAUGUGACAGGACCAUCACGGUCACAUUACUCAGCGUGGGCAUCGCCGCUACUGGUGGAAUCUUGGGAGGAGUUUUAGUCAAUUUGAUCGACAUUGCGCCGAACUUUGCGGGAAUCCUGAUGGGCAUAACUAAUAGUGCUGGUACAAUACCUGGAUUUCUAGCGCCGUGGGUGGCCGGGAUCAUCAUCGAUAACGAUCCAUCCCUUAAUCAUUGGAGACUCGUAUUCAUGAUUACGGCAGGAAUUUCAUUCACUGGAAAUUUACUUUUUCUUCUGCUAUCAUCUGGUGAAGAACAACCUUGGAAUAAUUAUGACGAGAAUGAAGACGAUUCGAUAACAAACCAAAAUGAUGUCAUUAAUAUGACUGAAAUUGACCUCACAAAAUUUUAUUCGCUACCAGUCCCAGAUGUUGCACCAUCAUCGCCAGAAAAUAUUAGUAUCCACGAUUAAUAAGAAAUAAUUAAUUGAGAAGUGUUUUGCAUAAACUGAGCUAAUAAAUACUUUGCG